AUAAUGCCUCUAUUUAGCAAAUAAAUGGUCACAAAAUCCCACAAAAGAAAGUGUCAUAAAACCGGCUCCGAGCGAAAAUUAAAUAGGUACAGUUAUUUAUACCUGCGUUCUACCUCGGAUCUCAUAUUAAUAAUGGAAGAGAGUAUUACUGAAGCAGAAGAAGCCUUAGAAGAGAAGAUAGAACCGCAGAAUGAAGAAAAAACUGUAUGCGCUCGACUUUUCCUCACACAAGAACAGUACUGUGAAUACAAAAUCAGCACAUGAAGUAGUGAUUAUAGAUAAUGAGAAAGAAGACGAUUUAUUACCUUCAGAAAUCAAUCAGCUUGAAGCAAAAUUGACUCUCAGCGCGGAACAGAAAAAUGAUUUAUUACAAGCUUUCAACUACCUGGAUUACAAUGGUGAAGGAAAAAUUAAAGCUGAAGACUUUCGCGUGGCUAUAAAAGCUUUGGGCUACGAGCCAACUGAAGAAGAACUCAAGAAUAUGAUAAAUGGAGUGGACAAAGCGGGUUCUGGGAAGCUGAGCUUUGAAAACUUCGAGACAGCAAUAAUGAGGAAGAUUAUGUCGCUCGACAGCGAUGGAGAUAUCAUGAAGAGUUUUAGACUGUUUGAUUGUGAUGACUCUGGUUUGAUCUCGUUCGAAAACUUGAAAAGAGUUACGGGAAUACUCGGUAUUUCCCUCACAGACGAAGAAAUUGAAGAAAUGAUUGAAGAUGCCGACAAGGACUUCAAUGGUUAUGUGUCUGCUCAAGAGUUCAUGAGGAUUCUGAAAUAUGCUGUACCAAUCGUCACGCCGUAAAAGAACAUGUUUUUAUAAACUGCAGUGUACUUAAACUUUA